UUGGAGGCACGUCUCCCAUUCUUUCUAAUAAUUGAAAAAUAACAAUAAAAGAUUAGAAAAAUGAAGAAGGAACCAAUUUGCAGAUUCUUCCUCAUCAUUCCAUUACCAUAAUUUUUCUUUGAAUUGAAUCUCCAAUUUUGUUCUCUUCCCAAACAAUAAUCACAAACAAAUAUUCCCUCUUGUUGGCCAAAUCACACUCCAUGUUUUUCCUUUGAUUUGAAAUUAUAUCAAAUUUAGAAGAAUUUAUAGCUUCCAAUCGGAUUCCCUUCUGAAAAUCCAUUACGUUCUUUAGUUUCUUCUUUUAUUGAAGGAGAUUGAUUGAGAAAUCCUUCAAUGAUAUUAUCUAUUUUAUCCCCAGAUUGUAGCAGCUGUGGAUAUUCAUGAUUUGGGUCAUUUUUAGAGGCUGGAGAUGUCUACCCAGCAAGAAAAUUUUGAACCAGUCAAUGAUGAAGAAGAACCGGAGUCCUGCCUGUAUGAUCUUCUGUGCUCAGAUGCACCAAGUUGGAGGAAUCAAAAGGAUCAAAAGACAUCUUCUGGUACCCAGGGGAGGCUUGAGAAACUGUUGAAGCAGUCUGGCAACAAAUUCUGCGCAGAUUGUGGAUCACCUGAUCCAAAAUGGGUAUCAUUAAGUCUUGGAGUAUUUAUCUGUAUCAAGUGUUCUGGGGUACAUAGAAGCCUUGGGGUGCAUAUAUCAAAGGUUCUAUCUGUGAAGUUAGAUGACUGGACAGAUGAACAAGUUGAUGCCCUGGCAGGUCUGGGUGGUAAUACUACAGCAAACAAGAAGUACGAAGCUUGUCUUCCUGGUAACCUCAGAAAACCAAAACCAGACUCUUCCAUAGAGGAGCGUUCUGAUUUCAUUAGGAGAAAAUAUGAGCAGCUGCAAUUCUUGGAUACCAAGGAACCGAUCAUGUGUCCCUAUCCUAAUAGAAAUGCAGCAUCCUCCCUAGCUUGUUCUUCAAAUCACCGCUCUACCAGACAUCGCAUUGGACAUGCAUUUCGUAAUAGUUGGGGAAGGAAAGAUUCUGAGAGCAAGGGCCCUAAGAAGAGCAGCUCCUUGGCAGGUAUGGUUGAAUUCGUUGGGCUGAUAAAGGUCAAUGUAGUGAAAGGCACCAACCUGGCUGUCCGAGAUGUGAUGAGCAGUGAUCCGUAUGUCAUUCUUGCAUUGGGUCACCAAUCAGUGAAGACGCGUGUCAUAAAAAACAACCUAAAUCCAGUCUGGAAUGAAAGUCUAAUGUUAUCAAUCCCAGAUCACAUCCCUCCUUUAAAAGUGCUUGUAUACGAUAAGGAUACAUUCUCGACAGAUGACUUUAUGGGGGAGGCCGAGAUUGACAUUCAACCGCUUGUAAGUGCUGCAAAAGCCUAUGAGAGCUCAACAAUCAACGAGUCGAUGCAGCUGGGGAAGUGGGUGGCAAGCAUAGACAACACCUUAGCAAAAGAUGGUAUAAUCACCCUAGUUGAUGGAAAAGUAAAACAAGAAAUCAGUCUUAGACUGCAGAAUGUUGAGAGGGGGGUGCUAGAGAUUGAGCUCGAAUGUGUCCCUCUUACUCAGUAGUUUGUGACUUGAGGUUAAAACGAACCUUUAAUCUAGGAAGCACUUUGCAGCCGAGACAGAAUUUUUUUCUUUUCACACCCGUAGUUGUGUGCCAUUUGAAAGAGUAAAGGAUUAGGGGUCAUUUUUUCCCCCCUGAAAGUUACAUGGAUCGAUUGUAGAUUUAGAAAAUUGCGAUCCAAAUGGCAAACUGGAUUUCCCCAAAUCUUAUGCUGGAUAGUUUGAACGUUCAUUGGCAACUGAAGCUUCUAAUGUCAUAUUCAUGUAUCACCAUUCUGAUGUACAUCCAUGCACAAGCUCAGAAAGGAUGGUACUUUUUGUGUGUGUAUAUAUGGAUUUUUCAUGCUCAAGUUCAGAAGGAUGCUAGUUUGUGUGAA